CUUUAUCAUAUAGCGUAAAACGAGGGUGAUAGCCCUUCGAGUAAUGUACAUCUCUUAUCUGGUUAGGAUAUGAAGUAUGUGGAUAUCGGAUUGCUUUUGUUCAUACAUUUGUGAGGAGGUAAAAUCUAAACUUUAGAAGGAACAAUGAGCGUCAUAACGGAGCAUACGUUGGAAAAGGCACAGGCGGCCUUAAACCGCAUCAAGGCCCCUUAUGAAUCGGAAAAGGGGAGACUGGAAAUCGUUACUCCAGACCGCUACGACGAAGUCUACGAAAUUCUUGGCAACCACUUCACGCCUGAUGAACCGCUGUGUCGAUCAUACGGCGUUGUCUGGCACCCUGAGUUUGAAAAGAUUACUUAUGAAAAUCUGAAGGAUAACUGCUCGGUUUGCAUGAUUUCAAAGGAAACCGACCAGAUGAUGGGUGUGAGAUUAAUCGGCUUCACUCGACGAAGUGACCCACCGGCGGACUUCAGCAAGAUGGACUAUGAGCCCUUACGAGAGCUUUUUACGUUUCUACACAGUAAGAAUAAGGAGGUGGAUUUCUUUAAUCGGUACGAUGUAGAUGAGGCUUUACAUUUUUACACCCUUGGGGUCCAUAAGAAUUACCGCCGAAUGGGACUGGGGUCUAAACUUUUAGGCGCUGCCGUGGAACUUGGUCGAGAGAUUGGUUUCAAGGCCAUCAAAGGAGAAGGGACCUCGAAUUUCUCGCAGCGAAUUUAUGAGAAGGAGAAGUUUGAUUUAAUUCUGACCAUGCCAUACGACGAGUACACGUACAAGGGGAGGAAAAUCAUUGACGGCACUGGGGAGCAUACGAUGACAAAAGUGUAUGGGAAGACACUUUGAACAUAAAAUAAGGGUGUAACCCCCUCCCCUUCGUGAACCUUAUACAAAUCCCAGGGUAGUUUAACCUCUUUUUGCCGCUGCUGAUACCCUUCUGCUUCCUCAAAAGCCAGACCUUGCUUUUUUUUUUUUUUGGGGGGGGGGGGGGGGGUAUUUGUUUUUUAAAAAGUCUCUGAAAUUCCCCAUUUUCAAAAAAAGAAUAUUAAAUAAAAACAUAUGUAACGAGAACUGUUUAAUGAUGUGAGUGAUAUAAUUACUUCUUUAUUGAUAUUCCACUCCAUGUAUUCAAAAAUGUUUGAAAAAGUACUCUGAAAGUUUCCCUCCAAACUGAAAAAAACGUGUUUCCCCACAAAGAGGGUACGGAUGUUUUCCCCAUAACUGAUAAAAAAAUAGCCCCUGCCUUCAAUUUUUAUUUGAAUAUUGCGUAGCAAAUACAGAUAUUUUACUGUUUGAGAGUCUGCGAAUCAAGUACAGUAAUACAUUGACCGAUACGCAUUGCUCCAGUUUCCAACUGUUUCAGUAAUCGCAGUCUUACUGCAAUGUUAAAAAAUACCGCGUACCAACCUUUUGAGUUCCGAUCACUCCGUAAACUGAGCCCCUCAGUACCGAGUUUCAGACGGGAGAUGGGGGUUACACCUUCCCUAACAUGGGAGUAUACAAUCAAAAACUGUGUAUGAUGUUGGACUGAAUUUUGUAUAUUUCUUGUGCGAUACAGUUUAUGAUAUACGGAAUUAUGAUACAAAAACAAUCUAUCAUCACACUGUAUUCAAUAAAUACUCCUUUAAAAUACGUGUUUGAUAAUUGCCAGUUCUGAAAACCAUCAAUAUAUUUCAUAUAGACAAAAUUGAUUUAUGAUUGAAAACUGUUGAUAUUUACGUGGACUUGAAACUGAACUGACAAACAGUACAAUUAAAGUUGUUUUACAAAUAUGGCGAUUGUUUAAUUUAGUUAUUUUGAACACAUAUUUUUGUGUCACGUGGUCGUUGUCAAGACGUUGUAAAAAUACUUUUUUUCUCAUUUUUUUCACAUGUUAAGUAUUUUUGUACCGUUAAAAUAUAUUCAAUAUUCAGAAA